AUGUCUCAACUCUUGAAGCAUUCAAUUUUUCAAAUCCAGCUUCUUGCUCUCAGUGGAGGUUUGAAAGGUCUUGGUCUCUCAAAGAGGUUUGAAAGGUAUGCAAAAUUAAGUGGUUUGUCAACAAAGCCUGAUUCAGAGAAGAUAGAUGCUCUCCUGUACAUAAUGGGUGAGAAGAGUGAAGAAAUCCUCUUACAAAUGCAGAAGGUCCCUACAGUAUAUGAUGAAAUGAUACAAGCGCUGGACAGCCAUUUCAUACCACGAAGAAACAUCAUAUUCGAAAGAUUUCAAUUUAACGCUAGGGUCCAAUUACCAGGGGAAAACAUUGAUAGUUUUAUAGCAGCAGUGCAUGCUCUGGCAGCUAAUUGUAACGUGGGUGCACUUAAAGAAGAGUUUAUAAGAGAUAGGAUUGUCGUUGGUAUGCUUGACAAGAAGACUAGUGAAAAAAUGCAAUUAGAGGCCAAACUUACAUUAUCAGAUGCAAUAUUAUAUGCACGCCAAGCUGAAUUGCAGUCCCAGCAAAACAGUGUACUACAACAACAACAGUCAUCACUUAAUGUUAUAGCUAAACAAGAAAACACUCCAAAAAGCUUCAAUACGAGUAAACGUCCUCAACAUCCUGAGGUAAAGUGUAAAUACUGUGGUUUGGCACAACAUAAACGAGAAAUCUGUUCUGCUCGAAGAUCUACUUGUAGAGGGUGUGGAAGAUUUGGUCACUGGGAUAGAGUAUGUCUGUCCAAGGAGAAGGACUCAAGAUCUCUACACCAUAUUACCACCUCUUCAGAAGGUGGUGUUCAAAUUCAGGAUCCUCUUUUCUUAGUUGAUUCAGGAGCUGAUAUUGUCUGCAUUCCAUCAAAUAAUUUAGAAUCAAUCUUAUUAAAGAGUUUAAACAACUGUUCUGAAACAAUAUCAGGCCCUGAUGGUACCAAACUAAAAGUUCUGGGCAAAAUUACUGAAAGACUUACAUAUCCGUCUAAAGGCAAAUCUUGUACUUUUGACAUAUUUGUAAUUCAAGAUCUAAAAAUGCCUAUUCUGGGGAGGACGGGUAUUUCAUGUCUCGAGGUAUUAAACUUUUCAAUAAAUUCUAUGAAUCAAACUUCUAGCACUAAUGUACAGGUAAAAAAAGAAUUUCCAGAUAUAUUUAAUAAAAUAGACAACUUCAAAGAUGAAAUUAAAAUUGAAGUUUGUGAAGAAGCUAAACCUUUUGUACAGACUACUCCUCGUGUAGUUCCUAUACCUUUACUAGGUAAAUUAGAGAAAUAA